CACUCCUAAUAUGCUGAGCGCCAAGCAGGAGUAGCAACUACCAUUUUAAAGACUCUCAGGGGUGAACGCUCAACUAAACGCCAUAAGUGAGGCAUUGUCAACGGAGACAUGAGUAAGAAGAAAGUUGGAAAGAAAGAAGAGAAAAGAUAAGAUCCAAAAUUUAGUCGCCUCUUACGAUCAUGCAAUGGGGCAGUAGGUACAAUUCUUACGCCCUACCUGCAGGGCAGAAGGAAAGAGCGAAAGAAGGAGAGUAAAGAGGCAGGGAAAGAGCAUAAGCAUGAGAGGACCGAGAACAGCGACAGGCAAUCUAGCGAGGGAUGGAACGACCACGAAGAAAGCGCGGACGAGUGGAAGCCGUCGAAGGAGGAACGACAGAAGUACGUACAGGAGCGGCGGGAGGAGGAAGUGGAGAGUGAGGAAUCAGAACCCGAGAUGAAUUGUAUGUAAAACUGUUAAAUUUACCUUUCAGUCAUUCUUAUAACAGAAGCAAAUGUUCAUUUUAUCAAUUUUCCAUUUUUGUAUUAAUCAAAUAUAUGAUGCAGUACUUAUUUCUUGUAGGGUUUAAUGAGUGGAACGAAGAAGACGGUCAGAUGGAGGUCCAGGUCAUCAGAGAUCGUCCGGCAGAGGGCGAGCGGCAAAGGCCCAAGUGCGAGUGCCCGAUGCCGGACUGCGACAAGGUGCUGGAGAAUAUUCCCCGGCACCUUCGUCAGUUCCACAAGAUGACCGCGGUCGAGGCAGCCAACCAGGUAUCCCUCCAGGGGUACCUGAGGACUGGAAGGUCGACAACAAAGCUAUCUUGUGCAGCUCCUCGAACACGAGACUGGAUCUCCAUCUGACAAGGAUCCAUCAGUGACCUUUAUUUUUAACAUCAUUUGUAGUCGACACAGCCGAAACCGGAUCACCGGUCGACGACAGUCAACCAGCACUGCAGCGGCUCACGAGAACGGGAUCCGGACCAUGCUUCCGCAGGGCCUUUCCAAAGCCACCGUCCCUGGCCUGAAGGACAUAGGCGAGGACGGUGGCUUAAUCGAUAACCUGCUCUUAAGGUAAGCAUUGUUAUCUCACUGGACGACGUUGAUAUUGGGAUGGUUUGUCUCAGAGAUUCAACUAAGCUUUGAGCUGCUUUCAUUUGUCAUUCGUGAACUGAUGAAUGCUAACUCCACAACGGUUUGGUUUGGUUUGGUUUAUUUUGUUUAACGUCCUAUUAACAGCUAAGGUCGUUUAAGGACGGCCUCCCGUGCGUGCGACAUGCAUGCGUGUGGUGAGUGCGUAUGCGUUUUGGGAG